UUCCAUGUUCACCCGCUGGCCCGGCUGCUCUCUAGGAAGCCAUGCUUGGAUCGUUAUAGCCAUGUUUCAGCUCGCCCUGGAUCUGCCCGCGUGUGAGUCCCUGGGCCCGGGCCCCGAGUUCCGGCUGCUGCCCCGGCUGCCCCACCGGCCGCCCCGCUUGUGGAGUUUUAAGAGCGGACAGCCCGCCCGGGUCCCAGCGCCCGUGUGGAGCCCCCGGCCGCCCCGCUUGGAGCGCGGUCACAGCCACGGGCAGGGACCGAGUCCCCGGGCCCGACGGGCGCACAGACCCAGGGACCAGGUGGCCGCUCUGGGGCCCAAAGCGGGGCUGGCCAAGCCCGCAGCUGCUGCCAAAUCCAGCCCUUCCCUGGGCUCCUCCUCCUCCUCCUCUGCGGCGGGCAGCGGAGCUCCCACGGACCAGCAGGCCCUCCUGCGGCGGGGGAAGAGGCACCUGCAGGGGCCCGCUUUCAACAGCUUUGACUUCCAAGGCAGCAGGCCCACCACGGAGACGGAGUUCAUUGCCUGGGGGCCCACGGGGGAGGAGGAGGCCCCGGAAUCCAAUACCUUUCCAGGCGUUUAUGGCCCCACCACGGUCUCCGUCUUCCAAACACGGAAGACAGCUGUGGCCACCGCCACAGCCACCGCCACCGCCACCGCGGCCACCUCCGUGACACUGCAGACUCAGGGGGUCACCGAGGCCCUGGACCCCAGGAGUGGGAAACCGGUUGGGGUAAGCACGACGGAGCCUUCCAGCAGUCCCAGCAGAGACAGUGGCAAAGUCAGCAAGCCCCCGCGGGUUCUGGGGGAGACCUCAGGUUUGGCGGUCCAUCAGAUCAUCACCAUCACCGUCUCCCUCAUCAUGGUCAUAGCUGCUCUGAUUACAACUCUUGUCUUAAAAAACUGCUGCGCCCAGAGCGGGAACCCUCGUAGGAACAGCCACCAGCGGAAGGCAAACCAUCAGGAGGAGAGCUGCCAGAACCUGACGGACUUCACGUCCGCCCGGGUGCCCAGCAGCCUGGACAUCUUCACGGCCUAUAGCGAGACCCUCCAGUGUUCACACGAGUGUGUCCGGGCGUCCGUGCCCGUGUACACCGACGAGACGCUGCACCCAGCCGGAGAGUACAAAUCCACGUUUAACGGGAACCGACCCUCUUCCUCUGAUCGGCAUCUUAUUCCUGUGGCCUUUGUGUCUGAGAAAUGGUUUGAAAUCUCCUGCUGACUGGCCGAAGGCUUUUUUACCUCCUGGGGGCAGGGCAGACGCCAUGUGUCUGUUUUAUGGAUUCCGUUGGUGAACCUGUAAAAAAAAAAAAAAAAAAAAUUACAAAUUACAAAAAAAACACACAAAACCUAAAACUAAACUAUCUAAGGGGAGGGUCCCCACACCUACCACUUCUGUUUGCCGGUGGGGAACUCACAGAGCAGGACGCUAUAGGCCAAAUAUAUUUUUAUAAAAAUGCCGACGCCUAUGGGGAACUGCCUUCUCCGAGAGCUUCUUUGGGGAACAGAAAGAAGAUGAUCCAAGAGGAAGAGCUGGAGACACAGAAAGGGCAGGAGGACACACCGGAAGCCGGGAUUUGUACUGCGAUUUUGAACCUGUGCCAAUAAUACCAUUAUGUGCCAUGUACUGACCCGAGAGACUUGGUGACAAAGCCGAAGCCAAGCGAACCACGAGGAGAAAUCUUACAGAAAACAGGAGUGGGCAUCUCUUCCGAUAGAGUUGCUAUUUCUGGUUAAUGUACAUAUAUAAAUAUAUAAAGACACACAGACAUACACACACACACACACACACA